GCCGAGCAAGGGUUGUGGGUUGCAUGCCGUGCCGCUCAAGAUAACGAGACAAGAAAGAAAAAGAACCGGGAACCUGCGAGACAACAAACGGCUGUACCAAGGGUCCAAUGAGACUUUUACAGACACAUGACGGGCAUCUCAUCUAGGUGGCACGGCCCGUAGCGCCCAGUAGGGGACUCAACGCACCCACUACGCACCCAUCACAUCAUAUCACAUCGAUUUGGAUGGGACCAAGACAAAUCAAAUGCCGACGCUAAUCGGGCGUGGCUGGAAGAAUCUCAUUCGGGACAAUGUACUGCUGGUAGACUGCCCACGAGCAAUAUAGCCGGGAACCGCGAUGGAGCCAGCGGGCCUCCUGCAUGGGAAAGUGUCCCUUUACAACGGGUGGAACCCCCCUGCUACGUACGGUGACGCUCAAAUGACUGAAAAUUGAUACGGGUUUGGUCGUGUAUGCAAGAUGCACAAAGAUGUUUCUUUUUUGCCGGUUCUCUCUUCGGGUCAAUUGCCGAACCCAUCGAAUCUGAAGGUGUGGCUGUCGGAGGCGUAAAGGGAUCGAGAUGUAUAGAUAUGCACGUAUAUAUAAUGAUAUUUACUACACCCGGCCUUCCAAUGAAGCAGUUGCCUACCUUUUUCUGCCUGUACACGCUUUUUAGAGCUACGACUUCACAAUGGGUAAAAUUGAAAUAAAAACAAAACCGAUUGCCAUUAUAGGCAUGAGCUGCCGCUUGCCAGGCGCCGUGGACUCGCCUGAGAAGCUUUGGGAGCUCGUGGCUGCUGCACAAAACACUUGGUCGCCGACACAUCCUUCCGAAGAGAGAAGUGACGACGCUUUCUAUCAUCACCGGCCCGAAACACUUGGAACAGUAUGAUACUUACGGUCCAACAUUUUGACACGUUUGCUAAAAUAGGAUUGCAGAAUCACAGCCAGGGCGGCCAUUUCCUGGACCAUGAUGUUGCUGCGUGUGACAUAUCCUUCUUCAACCUCACGCCUGACGUGGCCAAGGUUAGUGAGACUCCGAAGAGAUUCAACCUCUACCAUGCUAAGAGUAAUAUUCCAACUGACUUCUCUUGCUAGAGUAUGGACCCUCAGAUUCGUCUCCUUCUUGAGGUGGUCUUUGAAGCACUCGAGUCAGGUAAGUCUGAGUGCAAGUACCUACCGUAAACCAGUUCCUUUCUUCUAAUACUGCAUGUGGCGGUAGCGGGCAUUACUCUGGACAUGGUUGCCUCUUCAUGUACUUCUGUCUUUGCGGGUGCCGCGUUUCACGACUACCAGGAUAUUCUCAUGCAAGACAUUGACAACCUUCCGCGCUACCACCUCACGGGCAACGCGCCGGCCAUGCUUGCCAAUAGAAUAUCACACUUCUUUGAUCUUCGCGGACCCAGUGUAGCUGUUGACACGGCGUGUUCUACGGCCAUGACGGCGUUACAUCUGGCUUGCCAGUCUCUCAGAGCAGGCGAGUCAUCCAUGGCAGUCGUGGGUGCAGCCAAUCUCAUCUUAUCCGCUACAUCCUCUAUUAGCUUGUCCACUCUUGGACUCACUGGAUCAACUGGCAAGUCGUUUAGCUUUGACGAAAGAGCUAACGGAUACGGCAGAGGCGAGGGUGUAGGGUGUCUGCUAUUGAAACCGCUCGAUGCUGCGAUCCGAGAUGGCGAUCCCGUCCGUGCUGUCAUCAGAGAGACCAUGAUGAACCAAGACGGUAGGACGCCCACAAUUACAUCACCAUCUUCUGAAGCGCAAGCAGCAUUGAUGAAGCAGUGUUAUACUGCAGCCGGCCUCAAUCCGCAGCAAACAGGGUAUGUGGAAUGCCACGGCACCGGUACUCUCGUCGGAGACAAGGUAGAGACAGCUUCCGUGGCCAAAGCGUUUGAAGCGCACAAAUCAGUGUAUGGUCCUCUGUAUAUUGGAUCAGUCAAGGCCAAUUUCGGCCAUACUGAAUCGACUAGCGGCAUCGCAGCGGUAAUCAAAGUUGUCAAAAUGCUCGAGGCCGACAUUAUCCCGCCGCAGGCCCUUUUCUCAAACCCAAACCCAGAUAUCGACCUGGACAAACUAAACAUCAAGGUUUCCAAGACAUCCAUUCCGUGGCCUGAAGGCAAGCAUCGGCGAGUUUCUGUCAAUAAUUUCGGAGCUGGUGGUGCAAACGUUCAUGCCAUCAUCGAGAGCGCAGGCUACUUAGCUCCUUGCAUCCUUCAUGGCAGUAAAGCGACCAGUUUUAUUGGUGAUACAUCACUUUUGUUUCCACUUAGUAGCGCGCGGAAAGACGGCCUACAAGCUAUGGCCAUGCGGUUGGCCGAAUACCUAGAAGCCAUGGAAUUGCCGCCAGACACGGAGAACGAGAUGCUACACAACAUCGCUUACACGUUGUCUUUGAGACGAUCUCAUCUCUCUUAUAGAUCUUCGUUUGUUGCCGGGUCUAUGUCGCAGCUCAGAGAAACGCUAGCGAGACCUCACGAAGUUCCAUGCCAUGUGAAGCCAUUAGCUCCCCAGCUAGCCUUUGUGUUCACGGGCCAAGGAGCGCAGUGGCCGGAGAUGGGCCGCACCUUGAUCGAUACAUAUCCUGUGUUUAAGAAGUCGAUUCAUGAUGCGCAAGUAUGCUUGUCAUCUCUUGGGGCGGAAUGGAACCUGGAAGAAGAGCUGGCUAGACCCGAGGCGAGCAGCAGACUGGCGCAGCCAUACUUGAGCUUUCCGUGCUCAGUCAUCAUUCAACUCGCCGUGGUCAGGCUCCUUGCAUCCUGGAAUGUUACUCCUGUCGGAGUCACUGGCCAUUCAAGCGGCGAGAUUUCGGCUGCGUACGCCGCUGGCAUACUAACGUUCGACGAGGCCAUCACCAUUGCAUACCUGCGUGGUCGAUUGACGAGCGAUUAUGUGAAUGAUGGGCGUAUAACAGGCGGCAUGGCGGCUCUUGGGGCAGGCGAAAGUGAAGCUCUGCAAAUUGUAAAAGAUCUUGGACUGGCUUCGGAACUAGUGGUUGCCUGCAUCAACAGUCCAUCAAAUGUCACUCUUGCCGGAACUACACAGGCGCUGGAGGUGGUGUCGGAAUGGGCAAAAGACAACUCCAUCUUUUAUAGACGGCUAGAUAUCCCGGCGGCGUACCACUCUCCUCAGAUGGAGUGUCUAUCGGAAGAAUAUCUCAAACGACUCGAACCACACUUUCGAGAUGAUGGCAAACGAAACGGUGGAGAGGCGUACUCUGGCAGCAGCAACACCGAGGUACGUUUUGUGUCUCCGGUUACGGGAAAAGACAUUGGCAAUGGUACGCAGUCCAUUCGCGCACCUAAACACUGGAUCGAGAACAUGGUUCAAAGUGUCAAGUUCACGGAUGCCGUGGAAUCCUUGCUCUUCAAUAACAGCGAAACAACAGGUGUCGCUGUUGACACCAUCAUUGAGAUUGGCCCGCAUGGUGCUUUGCAAGGAGCCAUGCGCCAGAUUCUUUCCAGUUUCAAGGUUUCUCCUUCAAAGGUAUCGCUGCAAUACAGCCUGAAACGGGGCUCCGAUUCUGCCUCCGCGAUGCGGAUCUUGGCUGGCACGCUUCAUUGCCAAGGGGUCCCUGUCAAUCUGCAGCAAGUCAACUUCCCGUCCUGGGAUAUGUGUUCGCAGCGCCCCGCGGUAGUCACUGACUUGCCAACAUAUGCGUGGGAUCACAGCAAGCGAUACUGGGUUGACUCAGUGCGGGUGACGGAAUCGCUGCAACAUAAACAGCGGCGGCAUUACCUGCUGGGCACCAAGGUCCAUGGUCCAACCCCCAAUAUCCAUAUCUGGAGGAGCAUGUUUCGGGUGGACGACAUGCCCUGGGUGCAGGACCAUCUGAUACACUCUGAGUUAUUAUUUCCUGGAGCGGGAAUGCUUACAAUGGUCCUGUAUGCAAUGCCUCGGAUUGACGGGGCUGACUCUACGGAACUCUGUUCGUCUGUAGUCCACGAUAUCACCUUUUACAAUGGCGUCAUUGUCCCUCGUUCUUCAGCCGGUAUUGACAUUCAACUCACCGUCCAGAAACAAGACACCUCGAGGCUCUUGGAGACGAAAGAGCACAAACGCUUUGAUUUCUACUCGCAUGAUGGUGCAGGCAACUGGACGGGCCACUGCGAAGGCACCAUCUCCACACUCUCUCAGCUCCCAUGUAUAAACACAUUUGCGCAGAGAUACAUUGCACUCGAGAACACCGGCACGCCCUUUGACGUGUCCGAGUUUUAUCAGCUGCUCGAAGAGACUGGUCCUAGCCUGGGUCCUGCAUUCCGCCAUCUAUCGAGCCUCGUCCGCGGCGAUGGCUUUGCCGAAGCGAUUGCCGUGGUUCCUGAAAUCAAGGAUGCCAUGCAACAUGGUGACGAGACGGAGCAGUGGCUCCAUCCGACCGUUUUAGAUUUGUUCUUCCAGAUAGCUUGGGUUGCUGUGGACCGCCAAUAUCUAGACAGACUGGGGAUCUGCAUAGCAAACUCUGCAAAACGAGUCCAUGUGGCCCGUGGCGUGGACUUAGUUCCGGGCACCCAGCUGCGUAUUGUGGUGUUCCUUGACCAACACGAUGAUGCUGGCUUCGACGUUUCGCUCUUUGUCGUGGAACUUGAUGGAGAGAAUAAUGAGCGUGUGCUUCUGCAUACCUCUGGAUUGCGAAUUUCUUCGUUGUCUGGUGGCUCGGAGGCUUCGUUGGUGGACAAUUCAGUGAUUCUGCGGCCCACGAGCACAGUAUUGCAGACAUCUACUCUGUCUGAUACCGCCGUACACGACGCCAAGGUUUCUUUGCCUUACUCCAUCAUGGUGCAUACUUCUGUUUACAAGGUCGGCAAUCCUUUUGCGGAACUCGUACGUCAGACACUGUACAGUCGGUUUGAUGGGGUGAGCGCCUUGGAGACACCAGGCCAAUCGAGUAUGGGCAAGAUUGUGGUGUUCUUGGAUGAUUCUGACCAUGCUUUCUUGUCAAAUGGCGAUGCAGAGAGUUUCAAUAACAUGAAGGAAAUGCUUCUUGACGCGGAGAUUUUCCUCUGGGUGUCGCGAUGCUCGGAUAGUAACCCCGGCUUUGCCACGCAUCUUGGUCUUUUAAGGACACUGCGGAUGGAACAAGGCGACAAGAAGUACAUCACCCUUCACUUACCCAUUGCUACAGAAGACCAAGAUUCAUCAGAACAUGAAUCUGCAAAAGCUAUAUCCGAUGUGUUGUGGUACGUAGUAUCUGCGUCAUCAUCGUCUGACUCCAUCUACGAAUUUGAGCUUCGGGAUGGAUCGCUGUAUCGCCUUAACUACCAGCCAGCCGAGGAACUGAACAACGAAUACUCGCUCUCGAGAGGUGGUUCCGGUGAGCUACUUGCGGCUCAAUAUGCUUGGUCCUCAGACAACUAUCUACGGCUCGUUGCCAAGGAGCCUGGAAUGCUCGAUAGUCUCUCCUUCCGUCAGGACAAUAGAUUGCUACACUCAAUACCUCUAGCAGAUGACUGGGUCGAGAUAGUACCACACAGUUUCGGUCUCAACUUCCGAGAUGUGCUCGUGGCCAUGGCAGAAAUGAAAGAGGGCUGGAUGGGCUUCGAGUGCGCGGGUUACGUGACCCAAGUCGGUGCCGCGGUCUCGGGUAAUGUCUAUGGAGUUUCUGUUGGGGCUCGCGUCUGCUGCUUAAUGCAAGGCGGCCACUGGGCGAACAGGAUACGCGUACCUCUCACAAAUAUUGUAGCCAUCCCGGACAGCAUGACGUUUGAGAUGGCGGCCUCUAUCCCCAUGUGCUUUGUGACGGCAUACUAUGGGCUGGUAGAAUGCGGCAGGCUCGAGGCCGAUGAGACUGUCCUCAUACACGCCGGGGCUGGUGGUGUUGGACAGGCAGCCAUCGCUAUUGCGCAGAGUCGUGGAGCCAAAGUGUUUGCAACGGUGGGAAGCGAUCAGAAAAAGGAAUACCUCGUACAGCACUAUGGCAUUCCCGCAGAACACAUAUUUUCCAGCCGCAGUGCCGACUUCAAAGAGGAAGUGCUUCGUGCCACAGGAGGGCACGGCGUCGAUGUGCUAUUAAACUCUCUGGCCGGGCCACUCUUGCAAGCCGGCUGGGAUGGCAUGGCACUUUGUGGCCGCUUUAUUGAGCUUGGAAAGCGAGAUGCGAGAGUUGACAAGGUGCUUGAGAUGCGCAACUUUAGCAACGCAACAUCCUAUAUGGCAAUUGACAUUGUCCAGUUGGGACUAGCCAAGCCAAAGGUCCUCCAGCGCAUCUUCACCACGGUGACGGACCUGCUCAACACUGGUCGUGUACUGCACAAGAUUCCAAUCACAUCGUAUCACAUCAGCAACCUCACCACAGCAUUUAGGAAUCUACAAAGUGGAAAGCAUCUCGGCAAGUCCAUCAUCACAAUCCAGCCUGACGACCAAGUGUCUGCCAUACCAGCGCACGUUUCGCUUCCAUCAUUGGAUAAAAACGGCUGCUACCUCAUUGUUGGCGGAACGAGCGGCAUUGGACUGGAGAUUGCCCGGUGGAUGUCGCGCAACGGCGCCGGGCAUCUGCUGCUCGUCUCCAGAAACGCAUCAACUGCGACAAACCAAUGGAUCUGCGACGAGUUUGAAGCAGCUGGUGAAGCUUUCGUGAGCUUGAGCAGCUGUGAUGUGACGUGCAUAGAUGAUUUGACAAACGUGGUCGACGAGUACAGCAGAAAGAGCGAGCAGAAGCACGGUCAUCAAGUACCGAUCCGAGGCGUCAUUCAGUCUGCGGCUGUUCUUGAUGACGGUAUUUUUGAGAACAUGUCCUUUGAGCAGUGGCAGACAGCCAUGCGUCCCAAGGCGCAGGGAACAUCUAACCUAGAUCUCACCUUUAGAGAUGUCGACUUGGACUUCUUUGUCAUUCUAUCUUCGGUGACUGCUGUCGUCGGCAGCGUAGGUCAGGCCAAUUACACGGCCGGCGGUACAUUCCAGGACGCUCUUGCAGCCCGCAGAGUCGCUUCCGGACGACCAGCCGUGUCCAUCAACCUGGGCAGCGUCCGGACUACUGGCCUCGCAGCACGCACCGGCGCUGGUCCUCGUCUCGAAAAGGCCGGGUACCGCGCGCAGGACGUGUCCGAGGUUCUCUCGCUCGUCGAACUAGCGAUCCGACACCCUCACCUCGGCCAGCUAGUUACGGGUAUCCGCACUUGGUCUUCAGAUGAGAAUAUAAACUGGCGACGGGAGCCUCGCUUUGCAUGUCUACGCACCGGCAGCGAGGGGGACAAUGCAGCCGCUGGUGCAGCCACGGGAAGUAGGUCCUCCUGGAAGGAGAAGCUAGCAGCCGCUACGACGUCGGACGAGACCAUCGAGGUGUUAACGGAAGCUGUCAAGCAGCGACUAGCAGACAUUUUUGAUCAGACGGCGGAUGACUUUAACACUGCACUCUCGCCGGCGACGUAUGGCGUCGACUCCCUCGUCGCCGUAGAGCUGCGCAAUUGGCUUCACACAAACAUUGUCGCGGGCACGAGCAUCUUUGACAUAACACAGAGUAAAUCCAUCUCGGAUCUAGCGAUGCGUCUAGAGGCGAAACUCGCUGCCAGUAGUACUUGAGCAAGAAGACGAAGGUGGUGUCGCGCAUCCGAGGCUGCUCGCGCUCGAUUAUCGAGAAAAUACCUAUACUGUGUAGAUUUCAGCCUAUUAAUUAAUAUUUAAUUUGUAAACGA